CAACCUAUUUAAUUAUAGCGAAGUAGACUAGUCCCGCUCCCCGCCUCUUCCAAUUCAAGCAUCCCCAUAUUCCUCAGUCUGUAAGCCAAAGAAAUCUCCCAAUUUGAUGAAAUACAUAUGCAUCAUCCAACGCCAUUGCUAAUUAUGUUGCUGGGAUUACAAACGCAGGAACGCAACUCUUAAUUAUAAUUAUUUGUCGGUUGGUUGAAAAUGGUCCCGCCCUUUUCUUACACUUCUCUUGGAAAUCACCUAUAUAAUGCCUCCAUUCUUGAAUUGCUGCUUCAAAAAUCACAACGUCAAGCAAACCCCUCGAUUGCAGCAGGAAUCAAAAGAGAAUAUUAUGGAGAAGCCGCAUGCAAGCAACGCCGAUGGAGUGAUUCUUCAAACCGAGGGAUCAAGAGAUACUAUGAAGAUUCCGUCUGCGAGCAAUGCUGAUAAGGAAAUGAAGUCUGAGAAGUUAAAUCAUGAAUUGGGUGCCGAACCUGCUUCCAAUAUCAUAAUUAACCAUGAUUUUUCUGGAGGACUUCAUCUCUGGCACCCCAACUGCUGUGUUGCCUAUGUCACUUCAGGAGAAACUUCUGUUGAUCCUCAAGGAGAAUCGCCUAAACUAAGCGGCCGUUUCGCUGUUGUUGCAAACCGUAAAGAAUGCUGGCAAGGCCUGGAGCAAGACAUCACCAAUAGAGUCUCUGCAGGCUCCACUUACACAAUCUGUGCUUGGGUUGCAGUGUCGAGUCUGCAAGGCGCCACGGAUGUGCUAGCCACUUUGAAACUUGAAAGCCAAGAUUCUGCAGUUAGCUACAAGUUCAUAGCAAAAGCUUCCGCUUCCACGGAGCACUGGGAGAAGCUAGAAGGCACCUUUUCGCUGUCAACUCUGCCCCGUCGUGUUAUACUUUACCUUGAAGGGCCUUCUCCCUGCAUUGACCUGCUUAUAAGAUCAGUAGAGGUCUCCUGCAACAGCUCCAGUCAGUCUGAUAGUCAAGGAACUGAUGGUGAUGGGAACAUCAUACAGAAUUCGACAUUUGAUAACGGCCUCAAUGGUUGGUCUGGGAGAGGUUGCAAGAUUGUGUUGCAUGAUUCCAUGGCAGAUGGCAAGGUUCUUCCGAUGACUGGAAAAUUCUUCGCAUCAACAGCAGAUCGUACAGACUACUGGAAUGGAAUCCAGCAGGAGAUAACGGGGAGAGUUCAACGGAAGCUUGCCUACGAGGUUACUGCUUUGGUUAGAUUAUCUGGCACUAGUGUCACCACUGCAGAUGUCAGGGCUACGCUUUGGGUUCAGGCUGCAGAUCUCCGUGAACAAUACAUAGGAAUCACGCAUGUGCAGGCAACCGAUAAAGAUUGGGUGCAGUUGCAAGGAAAAUUUCUGAUAAAUGUUUCUCCUUCAAGAGUAGUUAUCUUCUUAGAAGGACCACCUCCGGGCACCGACAUUCUCCUCAAUAGCCUGGUUGUGAAGCAUGCUGCCAAAGUCCCACCAGCGUCUCCACCGGUCAUUGAGAAUCCUUCUUUUGGUGUCAACAUAAUUGCCAAUGGCAAUCUGAGUGAUGGCACCAACGGGUGGUUCCCCCUUGGAAGCUGCAACCUUAGCGUUGCAAGAGGCUCACCACGUGUGAUUCCUCCCAUGGCUAGAGAUAGCCUCGGAGCCCACGAGCCUUUAAGUGGCUGCUACAUUCUUGUGACAAAUCGAACUCAGACAUGGAUGGGUCCUGCUCAGAUGAUAACAGAUAAGCUGAAACUCUAUCUGACAUAUCAGGUGUCUGCAUGGGUUCGGGUUGGCAAGCAGGCGACACGACCCCAGAACAUAAAUGUCGCUGUUGGCGUGGAUGGCCAGUGGGUAAAUGGUGGCCAAGUCGAGGCUGAUGGUGAGACGUGGCACGAGAUUGGUGGAUCUUUCCGAAUUGAGAAGCAACCUGCCAAGGUAAUGGUUUAUAUUCAGGGCCCUGAGGGCGGUGUUGAUCUGAUGGUUGCCGGGCUGCAGAUUUUUCCUGUCGACAGACGCCAUAGAUUCAAACAACUCAAACACCACACAGAUAAGAUACGCAAGCGCGAUGUUAUCUUAAAGCUCACAUCGUCUGGCUCGAGCCCGGUGGCGGGCGCCUAUGUGAAAGUCAGACAAACACAGAACAACUUCCCAUUCGGAUCCUGCAUAGGCAGGUUCGACAGCGAGAACGAGGACAUUGUCAAUUUCUUCACAAAGAACUUCAACUGGGGCGUGUUCGAGAACGAGCUGAAGUGGUACUGGACAGAGCCGCAGAAGGGGAACUUCAACUACAAAGACGCGGACACCUUGCUGAGCCUGUGCACGAGCCACAACAUGCAGCUCCGCGGCCACUGCAUCUUCUGGGAGUCCGAGGGGGCCGUGCAGUCGUGGAUACGAGGCCUGAGCCAAAAUGACAUGAUGUCGGCCGUCCAGAGCCGCCUGCAGGACCUCCUAACGCGCUACAAGGGGAAGUUCAAGCACUACGACGUCAACAACGAGAUGCUGCACAACUCCUUCUACCAGGAUCAUCUGGGGAAGGACAUCAGGGCGAACAUGUUCAAAACUGCCAACCAGCUCGACCCCUCCGCCACCCUCUUUGUGAACGACUACAGCAUCGAGGAUGGCUCGGAUGCACGGUCAUCACCGGACAAGUACAUUCAGCACAUUCUCGGCCUGCAGGACCAGGGGGCGCCCGUUGGAGGCAUAGGCAUACAGGGGCACAUAACUAGCCCCAUCGGGGCAGUUGUCUGCUCGGCUCUCGACAAGCUGGGGACUCUCGGCCUCCCCAUCUGGUUCACGGAGGUUGAUGUCUCGUCCAACAACGAGCAUGUGAGAGCAGAUGAUCUGGAGGUUAUGCUACGUGAGGCCUACGCGCACCCUGCAGUCGAGGGCGUGAUGCUGUGGGGGUUCUGGGAGCUGAUGAUGAGCCGGGACAACGCGCACUUGGUGAAUGCGGAAGGGGAUCUCAACGAGGCCGGGAGACGGUACCUUGCGCUCAGGCAAGAGUGGCUGACGCGUGCUCAUGGCUUUGUGAGUGAUGAAGGUGAGUUUGAGUAUAGAGGGUUUCAUGGAGAGUAUGAAGUGGAAGUCGUUCCUGCAGCUCAUUCCAAAGACAAAGUGACCAAGAAGUUUGUGGUUGAGCAAGGUGAGGAGCCACUUGUGAUAUCCAUCAAUAUGUAAAGUCCUCACAUUGACGACUGAUUGAAUUUGUUUGUAAAGUCGUCAAUGAUGUUCUUAAUUUUCCUAUGUGUGAUUGAAAAUUCUAUUGUGUGUGAAACAAAAGGUUUGUAUUGGUGUGUGUA